AUGGGUACAGGCAAGAAGGAGGCCAACCGCAAAUUGCGGCAAGGCAAGACUGGCGAUGGCAUGCAAAAUGUCAAGGUCAAAGGCGAGAACUUCUAUCGCAAUGCGAAGAAGCUCAAAACCCUUAAUAUGCUCAAAGACGGCAAGGCACAACGGAAUGCUCAAGGAAAGGUCACCCAAGCUGCAUCGUAUCAAUCUCGAGAGAUUCCAAAAGCACGUAUAGAGCCGAACCGAAAAUGGUUUGGGAACACCAGAGUCAUUUCGCAGGGUAGCUUGGAUUCCUUCAGACAGGCCGUUGCAGAACGUACCGCGGAUCCAUAUCAGGUUCUGCUGAAGACGAACAAGCUGCCAAUGAGCCUCAUUCGAGACGCCGAGAACACGAAGAAUGGUGUCAAACAACAUGCUGCCAAAAUAGCUGUCGAAUCCGCACCUUUCGAAGACACUUUCGGCCCAAAAUCGCAACGCAAACGAGUCAAACUCAGUGCCAGUAGCAUCAACGACCUUGCCGAUGACACAGUGAAGAUGCACGACAACUACAUCGAGCGUCUGGAAGAGAACAAGUUGUUAAGCGGAAAGACCGCUGAAGAAAUGGCCGAGACUGGCGAAGACAAAGAACUUACAACUGCACGAGAACCUAUUUUUUCGAAAGGCCAAAGCAAAAGAAUAUGGAACGAACUUUACAAAGUCAUCGACUCCUCCGAUGUUAUCCUGCACGUUCUGGAUGCACGAGAUCCGGAAGGUACGAGAUGUCGAAGUGUUGAAAAGUAUAUGAAAGAAGAGGCACCACAUAAGCACUUGAUCUUUGUGUUAAACAAGUGCGAUCUGGUGCCGACUAAAGUUUGCGCACAAUGGGUCCGACUACUGAGCAAAGAAUACCCUACCCUGGCUUUCCAUGCGUCCCUUACCAACUCAUUUGGCAAGGGGUCCCUGAUUACCCUCUUGCGACAAUUUUCUUCCCUCCACAGCAACCGCAAGCAGAUCUCUGUCGGUCUCAUUGGCUAUCCCAAUACAGGCAAAUCCAGCAUCAUCAAUACACUCCGCAAGAAGAGAGUAUGUACUGUUGCACCUAUUCCAGGUGAGACCAAAGUCUGGCAGUACAUCACACUCAUGAAAAGAAUAUACCUCAUCGACUGUCCAGGUAUCGUACCACCAUCCAAGUCUGACACUGAAGAGGACAUCCUCCUACGGGGUGUCGUAAGAGUCGAGAACGUAGAGCACCCCGCACAAUAUGUCGAGGCAGUAUUACGGCGCACACAAACAAAGCACAUUGAACGAACAUACGAGAUGAAGUACGAUGAGUACAAGGGUGAUCCUAUCGAAUUCCUCAGUAUACUCGGCAGAAAAGGUGGUCGUUUACUGAAAGGUGGUGAGGCUGAUGUAGACGGCGUUGCAAAAAUGGUACUCAACGACUUCCUACGAGGCAAAAUUCCAUGGUUUACGCCCCCUCCUCGAAAAGUGGACGACGAAGUGGAUGGUGUAGUGCUUAACGAGAAGCAAGAAGUUGUUGAAGGCAGAGACGGCAGGUUAGGUGAGAUGCCAGGCAAGAGUAAAAGAAAAGCGGAUGUGCUUAGUCAGGCCACAAGCACGGCACAGAGUGAGACUAAAAGCGAAGUGACGAGUGACGUUGGUGUCGACCUCGAAACAUUUUCGGACGAUGAAGAUGCUCAGGAAGAGCUCUUGCGGUCAGAUUUGGAUGAAGACGAUGACGACAGCGAGGAAGGAAUAAAUCUUGAAGAGGAUGAUGAGCAAAUCGACGACGAGGACGAAAACGAAGCUGAUAACGACGAGAAUGAAAUCACCGCCAAUCACAAAGAAGAGACAGAGAACGCGUAA